GAACCUUAUUUCAUGCUACCAAAACAAAGAUAAGUGGCCCAGUCCUGACGCAAAACCAUCACUUUUCGCUUCAUUUAGAACCAAAACUGAUUGAGCAUAAGGAUGGCUUUGUUUCACAAUAUAACGGCGAUUAUCUUGGCAGCGUUUGCUUCUCAUGCGGUGAAUGCAAUAAUUUUAGGCAAUCAAUUCUGGAACCUAAGGUGCAGAUCUUGCCACAAUGCGAAUUCGCUGGAAGACUGCAAUAAUUACAUUCAGUGUGGCCCCGGGCAGCAAUGCUACACGGAUGAAUUGAUUAUGUCCAGCUUGAAAGUCGCGUACCAGGCGGGUUGUCGAUCAGACAGGCAAUGUGGCGCCUCAGAUGACCCGUCUGUGAUGAAGAGACAACAAGUUCUGUCCAUAUCAUGCAGCAGAUGCUGUAACGACGAAGACUUCUGUAAUCAGAGACUGUGUGGACUUAGAAAAGAGACAACGGCGCUCAUGUGCCUGUCAUGCGACGGGAAAGAUGGCCGACCGUUCCCUCCGCAGUACGCCGAUGAUUGUGCAUAUCUGCGUAUCUGUGACACGAAUGAGGUUUGUUUUGCGAAGACCACUGCUAUCAAGCCCACUGGUGAGGACACAUUCUCCCAGCUUCGCCACUUCACAUCGUGCAUCCCAACCAGAGUUUGCAGUGAACUUCUGAGAAAUAUCAAUAGCUCCUAUGUGGUCGAUUCACACGUGGGCAAAAGGGCUGAAGAGGACAUAUGCGCUAUCUGUAGUGGACGUGAACUCUUCAACCACUAUGCGUGCACUUCCAUGAAAACAUACAUGAUUAACCUGAUUAGGCACAACAAGUUAAACUGGACCACAAUGGACGAGAUAAGAACAACAAACGGUUAAAUGGACCGGGAUUUGGGCGCCUGUUACGCUGCACGUGUCGUUCAUUAACGAGAAAAACACCCCAACUGUCUUUUAGUUAGAAAUAUUGAUCAUUAGGACACAGUUGCAUUGUGCAUGUUGAAUAAAUAUUGAUUGCAA